GGGCCGGGGCCGGGGCCGGGGCCGAGCCCGGGCAGGUCUCCCUCCCGCGGCAGCCAUGGCAGAGGGCUCCGAGAAGGUGCCGAUCGCCCGAGUGGGGCCCGACGAUGUGGAGCUGUGCCUGCCGCCCGCGUACGCGGCGGCCGCGCCCCCCGGACCGGGGCGGCUGCUGAAGGCCGGGGCCGCGGUGCUGAUCGCCGGGGCCCUCCUGCUGCUGGCCGGAGCCAUCGGCGCCUUCUACUUCUGGAAAGGCACGGAGCGGCAGGUGUACAACGUUCACUAUACUAUGAGCAUUAAUGGAAAAGUACAAGAUGGAUCAAUGGAAAUAGAUGCUGGAAACAACUUAGAGACAUUCAAAACAGGAAGUGGGAGUGAAGAGGCAGUUGAAGUCCAUGAUUUUCAGAUCGGCAUAACUGGGAUCCGUUUUGCUGAAGGAGAAAAGUGUUACAUCAAAGCUCAGCCAAAAGCUCACAUCCCUGAAGUUGAUGCUAUGGCUAAAGCGAGCCUCUCAUCUGAGCUGGAAGAUGAAAUCAUGCCUGUGAGAUUUGACAAAAACUCCCUUAUCUGGGUGGCUGCAGAUGAGCCUAUCAAGCAUAACAGCUUCCUAAGCCCCAAAAUUCUAGAGCUUUGCAGGGAUCUUCCAAUUUUCUGGCUGCGACCAACAUAUCCCAAAGAUAACCAGAGGAGACAAAUGAAGAGAAACAAGCGCCAGUCAGAACCAAACUUUGAUGAGGAAGACUUGGAAGCUGUUUCUGAAGAAGUAAACCCCAGGUCACGCACUGUGCAGCUGACUCAAGAGCUUGGCCACCAGGCUAAUGAAACCAGGCCAAUGGCACAAGAAACUGAUCAAACAUUUAAUCCAGACAACCCGUACAAUCAGCUGGAAGGUGAAGGGAUGGCCUUUGACCCCAUGCUGGAUCACCUGGGCGUGUGCUGCAUCGAGUGCCGGCGGAGUUACACGCAGUGCCAGCGGAUCUGCGAGCCCCUCAUGGGCUUCCAGCCGUGGCCCUACAACUACCAGGGCUGCCGCAGCGCCUGCCGCCUCAUCAUGCCCUGCAGCUGGUGGGUCGCGCGCAUCAUGGGCGUCGUGUGAGCAAAUCCCUCCACCAAAACAAAACAAACUCAAUGGAGCCUUGACAAAAUGAGCAGGAAUACAAUGAACUGGUAAAAGACUAAAGCCAAAGCAGCGGUACCGAUCCUGCCUUACAAAAUCAGAGCCUGUUUUUCUGCACCAAAAGCAAGGUCAGAUAUUCCAGCUGCAAAUUAAAUGCUCAAGUUAAUAUUUCAUUAGCUUUACAAGAGGCAAGGGUAUAAUAGCACUUGCUGAAUUAAAAAACUGAGACUUCCCCAAAAAAGACAACAUUAAACUUUGCUCAAAAUUGGUUUAGCAGCCCAGAAGCUUGCCCAUACAUCUAAAUUCAGCCUUUCAAAACAAACGCCUCUCUUUCCAAGCUAUAUGUGAAAAUUUACACCCAAUUAAGCAACUAGCUCAACUUGUACACUUGGGAGUGCCUUUAAUCCAUGUAGCUUACUUAAAUAAAUCACAACUUAAGUUGC